GGUUGACCUAUGACCUACUAGCUCCUUUAUUUUUUAUGUAAAAUUUGUAGGUUAGUGUCUCUGGUUAUGUCUAAAUUCGUUUAUAAAUAUAUGAUUUAUCUAUGAAUACUAUAAGCAAGCGAAAUGAAUUUAUGUUCUAAUAAUUCGUACGGCAAUGGGUUGAAUUACGUAGGCUUUAACCAAGAUCACGGAUGUUUCGCCUGUGCCACAUCAACCGGCUACAGAAUAUACAAUUGCGAUCCUCUCAAAGAAAAGGAAAGACAGGACUUCGAAAAUGGCGGUCUCAAUUUCAUCGAAAUGCUGUUCAGAUGCAAUUAUUUGGCGUUGGUCGGGGGCGGCUCUCGGCCCCUCUACCCCACGAACAAAGUCAUGGUAUGGGACGAUUUGAAGAAAUGCUCGGCAAUCUUAUUGGAAUUCAACGCUUCAGUUCUUGCAGUCAGAUUAAGGAGAGAUAGAAUAGUAGUAGUAUUAGAAGGCGUUAUAAAAGUAUACACGUUUACUCAAUGUCCGCAACAACUUCACGUGUUUGAAACCAGCUCCAACCCUAAAGGAUUGUGUGUUUUAUGUCCGAACAGCAACAAUUCGAUUCUGGCGUUUCCCGGAAGAAAAACGGGUCACGUUCAACUAGUAGAUUUAGCUAAAACUGAAAAAUCUCCUGUAGACAUAAUAGCGCACGAGGCGAAUCUCAGCUGCAUUUCAUUGAACCAACAAGGAACGCUGUUAGCGACUGCUAGUGAAAAAGGGACGCUUAUUAGAGUUUUCAACACACAAAAUGGACAGAAGGUUACGGAACUGAGACGAGGAAGCAAUCAAGCGAGUAUAUAUUGCAUCAACUUCAACAAAAGUUCGACAUCUCUGUGCGUUUCAUCCGAUCACGGUACUGUCCACGUUUUUGCGCUCAGCGAUCCGAAAUUAAACAAGCAAUCGUCUUUAGCCAAUUCGAUGUUCCUUCCUAAAUACUUCUCUUCAACUUGGUCGUUUUGCAAGUUUUCCGUACCGAAUGGUCCGCCUUGCAUCUGCGCUUUUGGUGCCGACGACAAUUCCGUUAUAGUGAUUUGUGGAGAUGGUUGUUACUACAAAUUCGUUUUUAAUUUAAAGGGUGAGUACGUUAGAGAAACCUGCGCCCAAUUUUUAGACAUGACUGAUGAUAGUUUGUAACCAUUCGCCUAGCGUGUAAGUGCAGAAUUAUUUUUUUAUUACAAAUAGCAAUGGGUGUUAUUGCAUUGAAAUUGAACAAAAUUAUUUAUUUUGUAUAUACAUAUGAGAUUUGAUCGUGAGUAAUUUAUAGAUAAAUUUUAAUUCUAAAUUUGUAUUUUAGGAAUCAAAGAUAACUAACUGCAUUUAUUUCGAGGUUUCAAUUGGAUUGGAAGAUGGAAAUUUUCAAAUCUGAUUGAUAAUUCGACAUAAUCCGCUAUUUCUAUAGUACAUAUCUAAAUUGCAGAUUAAACUAAAUCUGAUUAAAGAAAUUUACGAAUACAAAACAAAACCGUAAAAUAAAUAUGCAUUGACAAAAUCAAUAAGAGAUUAAGAAAACUUCCAUCUGCAAUACCUGCAGAUUCAAUUAAUUGACCUCGACUUAAAUGUAGUCAAUGAUAUCGAAUAAGGUUGUAUGUAGAAAAAAAUACACAAAAAUGUUGAGC